GGGCUGCUUUUACUUCUCCUCAGCUGGGGUCUCGGAUGAGGCUUCUGGAGAAACUGGGCCCGCUAACCACUGAGCAGCACGGGGGAAUGGGUCCUGACGCAGUGGGCUCUCCCAGGCAUGGACUUCCAUGAUUGGACUCCAAAAGGCGGUCCUCCUAGGCCCCACGGAGGUGGGGAUCCCCACUAGUCGGGCAUUACGGGGGCUGGGGUCCCACGGAGGACAGGGGUCCCCACGGGGUAUAGAGGUCGUGACUUACGGAGGAGUGGGAUCAUGACAGCUCCAUCGAGGACAGAGGUCCCGACCGAGUGGACCCUGUGGGGCACGGGGGAAUGGGGUUCACAGUGAUCGGGCCCCACGAGAGAUAAGGGCCCCAUCCAAGCGCUCCACGGAGGAUGCGGGUCCUAAUCGAGCCUCCUAAUCAAGUGUGGGGUCCUGACUGUCCGUCCUGCCUGGGUGGGCUCCAUGCGAGACGGACCCCUCAGUGGACAGGCCCCCCGUCCAGCUCUCACUCCACAGGGCUCCGCACCCCGCCUCGCUGGGCUGAAUGGGGUCGCGGUGGCCUGAGGGACAGAGCAGGACUCUGAUCCGCCGGGAUCUGGAGAGGGCGGCCGCAUGAUCCCCGUCGGGGCCAGCCGCCGCCCCUCCUCUCCCGCGGGGCCGGGUUGGGGGCGGCGCCUGGCGGGCGGGGCGGGUCCAGCGGCGGGGGCGCAGUCUCCGGGCGACGUGCGGCGGACGCACCGGGCCGGGGGCUGCGGUGGGACCCGGCGGGCGCCAUGGACCUGCUGUCGGCGCUGAGCCUGGGCGAGCUGGCGCUCAGCUUCUCGCGGGUCCCGCUCUUCCCCGUCUUCGACCUCAGCUACUUCAUCGUCUCCAUUCUCUACCUCAAAUAUGAGCCAGGAGCAGUUGAGCUGUCCCGGCGCCACCCCAUGGCGUCUUGGCUGUGCGCCAUGCUGCACUGCUUCGGGAGUUACAUCCUGGCUGAUCUGCUCCUCGGGGAGCCCCUGAUCGACUCCUUUGGCAACAACUCCAGCAUCCUGCUGGCCUCAGCUGUCUGGUACUUGGUUUUCUUCUGCCCCCUGGACCUCUUUUACAAGUGUGUCUGCUUCCUGCCGGUGAAACUCAUCUUUGUGGCCAUGAAGGAGGUGGUGAGAGUCCGCAAGAUUGCCGUGGGCAUCCAUCACGCACAUCACCACUACCACCACGGGUGGUUUGUCAUGAUCGCCACCGGCUGGGUCAAAGGUUCUGGCGUCGCCCUCAUGUCCAACUUUGAGCAGCUGCUCCGAGGGGUCUGGAAGCCAGAGACCAACGAGAUCCUGCACAUGUCCUUCCCCACCAAGGCCAGCCUGUACGGAGCGGUCCUCUUCACCCUCCAGCAGACCCGCUGGCUCCCGCUGUCCAAAGCCAGCCUCAUCUUCGUCUUCACCCUGUUCAUGGUGUCCUGCAAGGUGUUCCUGACAGCCACUCACUCUCACAGCUCCCCUUUUGAUGUUCUGGAGGGCUACGUCUGCCCUGUGCUGUUCAGGAUGGCCUGGGGGGGCGACCAUCACCACGACAACCACGGUGGGUCCCUCAGCGGCGGUGGGCCCAGCUCCGCGCACUCAGCCUUGCCCACCAAGUCCAAGGAGGAGCUGAGCGAGGGCUCCAGGAAAAAGAAGACCAAGAAGACAGAUUAGGAGGCACCUUGGGGGCCUGCAGGAGGCCAGAGAGAGGACCCAGACCCGGGACCCACAGAGCCGGAAGGGGGGUAUCCUGGGCUCAGCUCUACCCUCUCUGGGCCUCAGCUUCCCUGUCUGCAAACUGGGGCCAUCAGCCCAGCCUCCAGGGCUGAUGUCGGGGGUUAGGUGAGAUGUGGGGGGUGAAGCGUGUUUGUAGGAAUGGUGGAGUCCCUCUCUUUCCUGGCCAGGCCCCCAUAGUGUCACAGCUUUUUGGAGGGCCCACAGAAUCCCGGCAGCAGCUCCAGCCAGAAACCUAAGCAUUUAUAUUAUUUCCUCUCUGAAAUUACAUCUUGACUCUGAAAGAAUUUCAAGCCACAUGGAGACUCGUUCAUUUGACCAGCAUUUCCUGCGUACUUGUGCUCCUCUGUAUGCGGGCUGCUGCGAGGUGACGUCGUGGCCGGAGCAGCUCACAGCACCAUGCGGGCAGGAGGGAUGCUCCUUGUGCUGAAGAACGGCUUUGCAUUGUAGAGCAUUUGUGUGUGUGGAUCAGAGAACCCCACAAGUUCCCUGGCACAAAGGAGGCCUUCAGUAGACAUGGCCAGGCCAGAUUUGAGAGCUUGGAGGGUGGGAAGGCUUCUGAUCCUCGGCUUCAGGCUGCCCCUAAACCAAAGAAAUGCAGCCGGCUGCAGACUCCAAGACGCAGCUCUGGAAGCAUCAGGCCUCUCAUGCUGGUGCCCCUCAUCACUGCUCAUUCAGUCAUUCAACAAAUAUACUGCUGCCCGCUCAGUGCCAAGCCUUGUGCUGCUGCUGCUGGCCGGGCUGGGACCUUGGGUCAGGGUGAGCAAGGGGGAUGGUAGCUGAGGGCCCCUCCUGGCCAUCUUCAUCUCAGCCUAGGUCAACAGGAUGUCUGAGACAGGUGGGUGGGUUGGGCACGGCCAGUCUCAGGCUUAGAGCUGCCCUCUGCACACGGGUGCUCAGGGCAUCAGCCUACAGCUGCGUCGAGAUUGGCGCAGGAUUGGCAGGGGUCCCAGGUGUUGCACAGCUGUUUGGAAAGUGCCUCAAUCCAUUGAUACCUGGGAGGUGAGUGGCUCCUGAGCCUGUAAGGCCCCCAAAUUCAUCCUCUUGCAUGUCCAUCGAGGCUGGGCGUGAAGGUUCAGCUAAUAAAUCUGUUGUGAAAGAU